AUGGGAUUAGUAAAUGCUUUGUUUGUUACAGCCAGCUCAUCACUAGACCAGUAUGAUGAGGUGGAGCGGGCAUCCAGAGAGAGGAAGGAGAUUGUGGCCAAGUAUGACAAGGGUCGAGAAGAAGGGGCACAAAUUGACCCAUGGGAGGAUCCGACCUUGGAAGUGUACCAUGUCACUGACAGAUAUGGAUUCAUACAUGACUACCAACUCCCUCAGAAACAGAGUGCAGCUGAAGCAAAGGCUACAGAGGUGGAGAUUGAAAGGACUCAAAAAUGGCUGAAAAUGAUAAAAAAUUGGGACAAAUAUGCAUCUGGAGAAAAGAUGAUGCGACGUAUCUACAAAGGCAUCCCCAAUCGAGUCCGAGGUGAAGUGUGGAUCAGACUGCUGGAUGUCAACAAGAUAAAGGCUGAACAAAAAGGAAUCUACAGAGAAAUGAAGAACAGAGCAAGAAACAAAUCUCCACAUAUACGACAGAUUGACCUAGAUGUAAAUCGGACGUACCGGAAUCAUCUAGAGUUCCGAUCAAGAUAUGGUGUUCAACAACAAGCACUGUUUCAUGUACUGGCAGCAUAUUCCAUGUACAACACUGAGGUUGGGUACUGCCAAGGAAUGAGUGAGAUAGCUGCACUCCUCCUUAUGUACAUGGGAGAAGAGGAUGCUUUCUGGGCCAUUUCUCAACUCUUUUCUUCAAAGAAACAUGGAUUGCAUGGAUUUUUUAUCCCUGGAUUUCCAAAGUUAUUGAGAUUUCAAGAACACCAUGACACUAUUCUUAAGAAAUUCACACCAAAGCUUCGCAGAUUUUUUGAUAAAAAUGACAUCUAUACAACAUUAUAUACUAUCAAGUGGUUUCUCCAGUGCUUUUUAGAUAGGGUGCCAUACACACUCAAUCUUCGUUUAUGGGAUAUUUUAAUGCUGGAGGGAGAAGUCCUCCUUACAGGCAUGGCCUACACAAUAAUCAAGUUACACCGGAGAAAACUUCUGAAGAUGAAUGUGGAUGACAUACUUCAGUUUUUCCAGUCAGGGUUGGAGAAAGACUUUGGGUAUGAUGAUGAUACUGUGAUAGAUCAGUUACAAGUGGCAGUUGAGGAACUGAGAAAAGCUAAGAUGGAAGUACCUCCUAAAGCUAAGGUUAAUGAACUUCCUACUUUACCAUUUGGACUGGAAAUUGAGCCAAGUAUUGAACAGAUUAUUAAAAGUAGAAAUCCUGAAUCUGUUGAUGAACAUUUCAAACGCAAUCCACAUAAAGGAAAAUCUGGUUUCAUGAAAAAGAGAGGACUGACUAGUUCUGGAACUCCAGAAAUGUCUCGGAGUACAGACAGUGCAUCUAUGCAGUCAAGUAGGCUUUCAGACUAUUCUGUGGAUGACCGAUCAUCAUAUUAUGAUACAGCAGCCAACUCGAGGCUUUCUCUAGCAGAUUUUAGUUCCAAAGUUUCCAUGCAAAGCUCUAGAACUUCAUUUGCUGAUGGAUCGGAGGGCGGUAGCAUCGGUAUGAUGAGGUUCACUCCUAUCAUGAAUGAUGCACAUGGAGAAGGUGAACCUAGCAUGCUCAUGGAACAGGAACAACCGUCACGGGACACGACAAUUGAGAAUCUUGCUGGAGAACUGAAGACACCUUCAGAGCACUCUGAUUAUGACAACAUCAAUGGAAAUGGGUUGGAAGAUCUUAAUUACACAUCAUCUCACAUUGUAAAUAUCCCCAUUAGUAAAUCUGAUGGCUACAUCAUGACAAAAUCUGAGCAAGUAGGCCCGGUCCAGCAAACUGACUGGGUAGAUCACUCUGAGGACCGCAUGGUGACGGAGGCAGUCACUUUGUCACGCAGUGACACACUACGUUUGUCACAGGCUAAGAUACAACGCAUGAAAAACUCUCUGAGUGCAGAUGACGAGGGACUACAUGAGAGUAGACAUGUGUCUAAGGUACUCAUACAAAGCUCAAGUCAUCAUAAUGGUUACCUCGCCUCAGAGAAUGGACAUUCGCCGCAGAGAGUUGAAGUACAUAUGUCAGCUGUUUCUACGCCUAGUUUACCAAUCUCUCGCCAGCAGCAUGUAAUUUAGCAUCUGGGAUACCAUAGUUUGAGUACUUCA